AUGGUAGCAGCCCCACAACAAGCGACUAAUCAAGUCGCACAAAAUGGCAGCACUAUUUUUCCCCGAUCCCAUCAUCAAAGAACAGAAGGGCCUCCUGCAGCUCCUAAGUCCCAUGACUACCUCUUGAAGGUGCUACUUGUAGGUGAUUGUGAUGUUGGUAAACAAGAAAUUCUGCAAGAGUUAGAAAAUGGAUCUACAGAUUCACUAUUGUGUAGUGGAAGUGCUUAUAAAACAACAGCAAUCCUGCCGGAUGGUAUAAAAGUGAGGCUGCAGCUUUAA